GGGAGUUUAAAGCCCGGUUGAGAACAGCUGAGUGGAAGCAAAAGAAGACGGAAAGGGGAGCAAGCUGGGGGAAGCUGCCUGUUAGGAUAUCCUCGGGGGAAUUGCCAAGCAAGGACCUUAAAUGCACAAAGCACUGGAAGUGCAACCUCCAGUAAGUUGCAUCAGAACCUACAUGCGGAAGAACUCCUGAGCCGGAAAACUGCAUCAGUCUCUGCAAAUUUGGGACAGACUCGUUUCUGUAGCUUUAGGUCCUGCAUACUCCGAACUGCAAAAGUUGACCCAGAAUGCCUCUCAAUGAUGAGCAGAACGGUGACUGUGACUCUUCAAGAUUAUCUGAAAGCGCAGCUUCUUCCAGCGACUCUGAAUAUUCAAGACAAAGUUUUACCAGUGACUCUUCAAGCAAGCCCAGCUCUCCAGCUUCAACAAGCCCUCCCAAAGUGGUCACCUUUGACGAAAUGAUGGCUGCAGCAAGAAACUUGUCAGACCUGACUCUAGCUCAUGAAAUUGCUGUGAAUGAGAAUUUUCACUUGCAGCGCAUAGAGCACCCACAGAACAGUUUGCCUGGAAGAGUGAGACAAAUUGUACACCAAGCAUUCUGGGAUCGUCUGGAGGAAUAUCUGAACAAAGAUCCCCCCGAAUAUGAGCAUGCCAUCAAGCUGUUUGAUGAAAUUAAAGAGAUUCUUCUUUCGUUUCUGAACCCUGGCGCGAACAGGAUGCGAAGCCAAAUCUGCGAGGUCCUUGACACAGAACUCAUAAGGCAGCAGGCCCAGCAUGACGCGGUUGAUAUCCAGGGCCUCGCAAACUAUGUCAUUACCACAAUGGGGAAACUGUGUGCUCCAGUAAGAGAUAAUGAUGUAAACCAGUUAAAAGCCACUGGGAAUAUUGUAGCCUUGUUCAGGCAAAUAUUCCAUGUUCUGGAUCUCAUGAGGAUGGAUAAUGUUAAUUUUACUAUUCAGAGUCUUAGACCUCACUUUCAGCGCAACUUGGUGGAUUAUGAACGAGCGAAGUUCCAAGAAAUACUUGAAGAAACACCAAGUGCCCUGAACCUAACAACAGAAUGGAUAAGGGAAUCUAUACAGGAUGAACUAUCUUCUGUUUCCUGUGAAGCGUCUUCAUCCUCUGGUGCUGGUGGGAUCUCAAAACCAAAUCUGAGCCCUACUCUGGUGCUAACCAACAGCUACUUGAAAUUAUUGCAAUGGGACUAUCAGAAAAAAAAUAUUCCUGAGACACUGGUGGCAGAUGAAGGUCGCCUUCGUGAGCUGUCAGAGAAACUGAAUCAGUUGAAAAUUGUGGCUUGUAUCUGUCUCAUAACAAGCAACAUGGUGGGUGCAGCUAUUGAAGGAAUUCCAGACUUUGAUGACAAACAAAAGAAGAUUUCCUUUGUUCUGCUUGACGGAAUCAAUAAGAAGACAUUUGAUUUGAAAGAAGCUCUUACUGCCAUAGGUCUCAAGACAUGUUGUGAAAUAAACCAGUCAUUAACUGAGAGGGGCUUCCCGCCACUAAACAAAGAAGUUCAUGCAAAUUUAGUGGGUCAGAUCUGUAACGUCAUAGAGGAAGAUAAUACAAUCAGAUCCUUAAUUGAUAAACGAAUUCAACUGUACAUGAGAAAUUUCCUUGCUUCUCCAUGCUCUCAGAAGUCAAUGGCUACAAUUCCAGGAGGCCUUGCUGUGAUUCAGACAGAAGUGAAGAGCAUUGGAUCUCAGUUUGCCAGCAUUGUCAACCUUAAUAAACAGGUGUAUGGACCAUUCUAUGCAAAUAUCUUUCGAAAACUCCUUUUCAACAAGCCAGUAACGAGUACAGCAGACACUGACCCUUCUACUAAUUGAAACAUGUAAAUCUUCAUCCCCUCUCCUCUUUGCAGUGUUUAUAUAGUGGUGAUUUAUUCUUCUGAAUGUGCAUAACUUAAAAGUGAUGACUGGUAAUGAGAAAUGAGUAUAUCUAAUGAAAGAAACUCUAGCAAUUAUAUUCAAAUAAAGGUGCCCCUGAACCUCAAAUCCCUGCAAAGCUAUUAAACAUGUUUGAAAGGAUUAUUUCUGUUUAUAACAAUGAGUUGUAACAUUUAUUGUAAUUGUCUUCUGUAAAUGGUUUCUCCAAAGCAAGAAUCGAAUGUGCUUCCUCCAGUAUCUUUGGUGCAAUGAAAGAGAAGGUUGUAGUUCAGAUUUAAUCUGAAUUAAAAUAUUAAUUUUGAUGGCACACUAUUCAAACAUGAGUGGCCAGUUUGUGAAGAGACCUCUAGCAACUAGAGGAAAAAAAUAAUCUAAAUGAUUGAUCCUAUUGUAGGUAAGGUCACAGGACCAGGGGUUCCCCCCACGUCCCCCCAAAACACUCCCUUUUGCACACUAAGAUGCCACUGAGUCAGAUGUCUUGUGUCACUCGUUUGGAGGUAUUUUUAUUCAGGCAUGCAGGGACAUUCAUGUACCUCAGUCAUACAGUGAUUAACACUUGCUGUUUUUGGCUGGGUGAGGUGACUGAAUUCCUCCACACAAUAGUCUGUGUACAUGAUGAUGGCUCAGUUGUCAAGUGUAAGAUUUCUAGAUCAGGCAUGACCUGUGGGACACACUUCUCCAGACCUUUCUUUAAUUUGCCAGCCCCCCCCCCACUCUUAACUGUGGUUUAUGAUGGCAUCUUAACUUCAGUUAACAAUAACCAGGAUAUUCCUCUGGCUUCAAAGCUCUGGUCAUGAUGAAAAUCCUAGUUAGUAGUAGUAACCAUGAUUAAGACUGAUACAGAUAUAAUUAUUAAUCAUAUUUAUGGCCUGCAGCAAAAAGGAUGGGGGAAGCUUGUUGCUAAUCCCUUAAUAGAGUUAGUGAUCAGAAGCAUUACAUCUGUACCAGUACUGUAUGCAGAAAGACUUGUUAGUCCUCAUAUACUGCCAAUGUAACCCUCCCCCCCCCUUUGGAGGAGUAAUCUGGUUUUAGGCCCUUUGGAUAGGCCUUGUACUUCUACUGUUCAGUAGGCCUUUUGAAGCUUGGUAUAAGUAAUAUUGAUAGGCAGAGCCUUACAGUCUGAAAUAAUGGUCCUAAGAUCUAGGUAUUGUAAACAGAGCAAUUAAUGUUUCAUGUUCAUCAUCUUGGUUAGAAAUCAGGUGUAUGGGAGGGCUACUUCGAGAAAGCAGGGAAUGGUUUCCAGCAAGUCCUAUUCCCACAGUCUCUUUGCUCUGUUAUUAUCCUCCUUUACUUUUAGAUUGGCAGCUGGUGUGGAGAGAAGACAGAACUCUGUAAGGGUAUUUGGCCUGGGCUCUGUUCUGCCAAUUGCUGCCCAAUCCUACAGUCUUUAUGUGGUAAAGAACCUACUGACCUGGUUGAGCCUCUAGAAGUAUAUGAAAUGUAUAAUUGUUAUGCAAGUUGGUGGGAACAUUUUAUUGUAGAUUACUUGACAGACUGCAAUAUUUAUAUAUAAACUAUUUUUGCAUAUGUCAAAUUACUGAAUAUAGAAGGGCUGCAGUAUACUGGGUGUAAAAAUCUCCAAUUUAUACCAUAAUGAAUAAUAACUUUAAAAAAUUACUUCUGGGAAGUAUUGGCUCAUUGUGAGUCUCUUAGCAAAUGCGAAACUUCUAACCUGUCCAAUUGUAGUGGGCGUAUGCCUCUAAAUGUUCCCUGUUGAUCGUUCUUAUUCCUACAAUGUAUUUUUUUUUUGCUAUGAAUUCAUCUUUGCCCAUUUUGGGAAUAAUGUGCUACUUACUUGCCAUACAGUGCCCUGGCACAUCUAUGACAAACUUAAAGGACCUCAGCAUUAAGAACACUGUGGUUUUUUUAAUAGGCAACUAUGCCUUAUUUUCCUUUAACAGAAUUAUAUGUCCUUUAAAAAGAAAAUAAUGCCCUUUUCAUUUAACAGAACUGUAGCAGGGCGAUAUAUGUCCUUCAAAAAGAAAAUAACUAUAUUUUGCUUGGUUAUCUGAUACUGAGGCUGGUUUCUGGGGAGGGGGGAUUUCUUUCUGUAGUUGCAAAAAAGAGCAAAAUUCUCUGACAGAUGUAUAUUUGUCAGUUGAACAAAUUAAAUUCUAGCAAUCACCAUCUAUAAGUCAUACAAGCAACUCUGUCAACACAUAAAACUUUGCUUGUAAAAGAAAAGGGUUGUCCAAAUGAUAUACCUGGGAACUGGUACAUGUGUGGGGGGUGGGAAGUGACGUGGGGGGUAACCUCUGUCUCUGACCUACAGGCACAGAGUCAUCAGGUAUCCUGAAUAACCACGACAGUAAAAUCAGGGUUCCUGAUCAUAGGGAGAGAUCCCUAAGUAUGCACAGUUGUACAUGUGAAGAACUGCUGCAUACCUAGAUCAGAUGUGGAGUUUGUCACUGUGAUGCCAUUCUCCACUAACUCCACCUCACCCACCUGCACUCAUCCUCCCAGAAUAUUAUAUGAAAAGGGCUAAAGCAUCCCUUGCCCCAUUCUUGCCUUGUUCUGAGAUGUUUUAUCUAACAUUUUUGGCCUAGAUAUGGCUGUUGUAUUAUACUGCAAAAUAUACUGCAAAAAUAGUCUGAACUGGCAGAGACUGAGCAAGAGAGAGAUCUUGGAGUUGUAGUGGAUAACUCACUGA